GUUUUUGUUAUAUCCUUCUUUCUUUUUUUUCCUACUUACAUUCUAUGUUAUACUUUUUCUUUCUAUUUUGUAUUGUCCUUUUCUUUUCGUUUCUUCUUGUCCCUUAAUGAUGGACCUUCAGAUAAUUCGAUUACGCCAAUGGCCACACUCACCACGGUCAAAUUCCAGUUAGGAGUGCGACAUGACAAAUAGACAUUAGUAGGGCAUGUCUAUCGUUCACAGCUGGCGUGUCUCUUUUCGGACGUUCGAAUUGACACCUUCCGUGCGCGAUCGCUCUGAACGCUUCGGCGCGACGUAUUUCGCGAGAUUCCUGCACGCAUAAGCGCCGCAUAUCAGAUCCUAUAUAAAGGAACGUGCGGAUUCCGGCACGAUCUCAAUUGAUAUCCGAUAUUCUGCCGGCGUAGUACCAGUGGGUGACAACUGGCUGCGGAAUCCCCUGAGGAUCACCCUCGUUGGCGAAAUCGUUUCUCGCACUUUAACACUCGCGCCGCGUAUAUUGCGAAAAACAAAAAAGUAGUAUUGUUGAAUAAAGUAAAUUGAAGAAAUUACGACAUAGAUUAUAAAAUUAUAAUCAUUACAUAAAGAGGAAUAUUUGUGUUAUGUGUGCUUGUUAUUUAAAAACUAACAGCAAAGGGGAUAAAAGAUAAUUUAUAAAGCAUUUGCAUCAAAUUGAAUUAAUAUUUGUGCAUAUAAUGUAAUAUAAUAUUUUAAACUAAUCGAAACUCAACCGAUACUCUCAAUAUUGUUGAUACUUUCGAUACUCUUGAUAUUGUAACAUCAAGAAAAAUAAUAUUUCAAAGAUGUUGCUGUCGACUCGAGCUGCCCGAUGCGCUGCUCUUAUGGCCGAACCCGACGAGCUUUAUUCAGAAAGGAUACUCUAUCCACGUAAUACGAGAGCCCUACCAAAAGUACCCGUUGUCGGCGGACAACCCAUCGAAGAAGAAACGUGCAUGGCUUUGAGGACAUUGGUCUUUGGUUCCUGCGCAAGUCCACCUAAGGUUGAAUGGGCAAGAACCGGAUUAACCUUACGACCAUAUGGACAAAAUUUAGCAUUUGGAUUGAGAACGCCCAAAAACACAACGAGAAGCCUCGUCACCGCAGUUCAAGCUGUCAUGCUGAAACAUUUUUUGUUCAAGUGCAACAGGCAGGAUCCUGAAACCUUGUUGAAACCUACAUACGAUCGACAGAUUGAAGUGCUGAUUUCUGCAAUAUCAGAGAUUAUCUGGCGUUGUGCAGGUGGCUUUUCCGUGUCUACAUAUCCAAAUGCCGUCACCAACAAUGUGCCAAAGGCCAUAGUAGCUUUACCGCAAGAUACACCGUAUCUUCAACACAGUGUGCAUUAUUUUCAAGAUGGAUUAACAGAAACGCUGCACCUUUUCGAGUUCAAUUCCUUGGAGGAUCUUGAGAUAUUUGUCAAGAGGUACUUAUACUUGUUUCACGAUGAAGGCGGCCCUGGAGCGAAAUUACUUUUAUAUAGCGCAGUACUUUCAAGAGGCUUUUCAAAAAUUCAAAAUGAUUUAGAAGACCCGAAGGCAGCGAUCCUCAGUGGAUGUCCGGAAGAAGGCCCGAUCAGUAUUAUCAUGAUCGUUUUAACUGGUCGUGCUUCACCGCAUCUUCACAACGGGGUGCUUCAUGUUGGUGAUGAAAAUACAUAUGCUGUACCGCAAUGGGGCGUUCUUAUGAGAAGCGAAGUGGGGUUCUUAGUGCACGAAGGCGAUAACAAUAUAAGCAAACAGCCGGGUUCUCGAUUAAAGACACCUAGUCUACCGAUAUGGGUGUCCCUUUGUCUCGGUCAUUAUGGCGUACUCUUCAACACGAAUCGAGAACUGCUGAGGAAUUAUCAUGCAGAACGGCGGUUCGAGAUACAAUAUUUCACCUGCGGUGGCAGUCACGCUACGUUGACAGUGGAUACUAGGGCAAACGAGGCUUCCGGGGGAUCAGAUGCUGCUGCAACAAAGGAAACCGCGGAUAUCGCCGCGACACCGUUAGAAAAACUUAUUCGAUCCAAGUGGCAGGAUGCCGUCAUACAAUGGAACGGAACGCCGGUGAUGUGAGGUGAACGAAAGGAUGACGACCAGACCCGCUCUUCCGUGUUAGCCCGUGUAUCCGUGAUUCCGCGUGAUGCUAAUCGAUCAGCGCUUAUCGCUACGCACGCUUAUCCCAGGCUUCUAAUUAUCUUUAACGAUAUAAGUAGAAAUUAUAUGUGUCGCAAUAUCAGACAUUCCAUAACUUUAAAUGUGUGAGAAAAUUCUUCCGGCGCUUUCGUAGUACAGUAGGCAUUUGUAUAAUGGCCAAGAAGCUUUUGUGAAACAUUUUAAUUGCCAAUAAAUGGCUGUGUUAAUGGAUCAUUAUCUGGUACUAAACUAUGUAAUGUAAGAAAAGAAUAUGUUCCUGUAAUUGUUACAUUUAAUAUCGUACUUGUCUACAAUAAAUACUUAGGAAAUCGCAA